UUCAAAUCAAAGUUUCCCUCCAUAUUUUUUCUCUCUCUCUCUCUGCUCUGCAACUCUCGUGAUUCUCAUUUAUUUCCUCUCCCCAUCUGUUCAUCGCUCUCUGUUACGACUCCGUCCCACCAUUAUCAAUGUCAACCCGAUCUCGGUCCCUCCUACUACCAAACUGUCUUCCUUUUAAAUCUCCUCUCCUCACUCAAAUCUCAAAAACCCAUGAUUCGUUUCAAUGGAAGGCCAUGGACACUCGCGGCGGAGAAGGGGAGAUGGGUGCACAGUCGUGGAGUGUUAUACGCCUCGUAGGGUCGUCCUUCGGUGGCUUUCUGGCCUGAGAAGUUCCAAGGGGAAGAGAGAGGCAGGGGAUGAACAAGACUCGGUAGGGUACCAUUUGGCGCCCAUAAGGUGCUCGACGAAACGCCUCAACGAGAGUAGGCCGUUGGAUGAAAAUCUCGAGACUCCUAGUCCUAGAUUUGAAACACAAAGCAGGGAAGCACCUUUGGAGAUGGGGAUUGGCUCUUUCUUGCUCUAUCUUGUUGUUGCAAGUAAAACCGAGCUUGACAAAUUGGCAGACCUGCGAAUGCAAAUGGAGAAGUUUCUUCUAAAUGCAAAAGAAGAGUUACAGAAGAGAGAAUUACAGGAAAAUCCACCUUUGUCUUCCAACGAUGAAUAUGAAAUAGAACCAAGCGGUAAAGAGUUUUCUCCUCAAGUCAUUUCGAAUUUGGCAUCAUCCAUUUUCCAGGGGUCAUCAACGAGUGUUCUUCAAGAUGAGAACACAGAAUGUGAGGUCUCAAAACCAGAGGAUUACCAUCGAGGAACAGAGCGCAAUCCAAAACUCCAGGCUGAAGUAGGUAGUUUACCUCUGUAUGAAUUUGCAGGGGACAGAUAUACAAUGCAUCAGAUUCAAAAACAACGCAAACUUAAAGACAAUGAGGGCACGAAGAAUCAUAUACCAGAGAUCGUGGAAGACGAAAGAUAUGGAGUAAGUCCGUACGAACUGGAAAAAAAGCUGCAUGAACUACUAGUGACAAGGCAACAAGAAGAGUUACUGAAGCUUGAGACUGCUCUGAGUCGUGUUGAACGAAGGCUACAGGAGAAAGAAACCGAGGUUUCAUGGUGGAAAGACGCAGCCCGCCUGCUUGCUCAGCGUGUUCCUGAAUCUUCUCGAGCGGGACUAGAAUGGUGCAACCCUGAAUCUUCUUCUAUAACAUGUUCGGAACUCUCUGUCUCAAGAUCUUUUAAAGCAUGUCCAGAACACCGCAUCAGUUUCUCUAGAUGAAACUGUAAGGGAAACUGGGAAAAUGUCUAGCUUUGGAGUUACAGCGCUUGUCUGAUAAGUUCUUUAGCAUUUGUGUGAAGCUUGCUUUUACUUAGACUAGUUGCCACUGUCUCUGUUUCGUGCAUGGCAUACAUGUCAUCUGAAAAUCACUAAGGUAGGAAUUGCACUGUAUCUGUGUUCAAC